AGGUGUCGUCAUUUCCUCAACUGCGAAAGAGGGGCCUGGCGAGAUCGUUGAAGAAGCCUGUCCAAAGAGUAAACAUAUUUCCUCAAUAAUAUAGGAUACACCUCCAUAGACUGGGUUAUCGUCUGUGUUGUGUGGAGAAGCUUUAAACAAUUUACCCACAACAAUGUCGGCCCAAGCUCAAAUGAGAGCUUUGCUCGAUCAACUAAUGGGGACUGCGAGGGACGGGGAUGAGACGCGGCAGAGGGUCAAAUUCACUGAUGAGAGGGUCUGCAAAAGCCAUCUCCUGAACUGCUGUCCCCACGACAUCCUCUCCGGAACUCGUAUGGAUCUGGGAGAAUGUGCGAAGACCCACGACCUGGCACUCCGGGCCGACUAUGAAAUUGCCUCCAAGGAGAGAGACCUCUUCUUUGAGCUUGACGCUGUGGAUCACCUGGAGUCUUUCAUUGCCGACUGCGACCGGAGAACAGAGUUGGCCAAGAAACGACUGGUUGAGACCCAAGACGAGAUCAGUGCGGAGGUGGCUGAAAAGGCAGAGACGGUUCACGAGCUGAACGAGGAGAUUGGGAAGCUCCUGGCCAAGGCAGAGCAGUUGGGGGCCGAGGGGAAUGUGGAUGAGGCCCAGAAGGUUCUACAGGAAGUGGAGAAAGUUCGCAGCAGGAAGAGGGAUGCUGAGGAGGAGUACAGAAACUCCAUGCCUGCCUCCAGUUUCCAGCAGCAGAAGCUUCGUGUCUGUGAGGUGUGCUCGGCCUACCUGGGUCUCCACGACAACGACCGUCGCCUGGCCGACCACUUUGGCGGGAAGCUGCAUCUGGGCUUCAUCCAGAUCAGGGAGAAACUGGAAGCCCUGAAGAAAACCGUUCUGGAAAAGCAGGAGAAGAGGAACCAGGACCGCCUGAAGAGGAGAGAAGAGAGGGAGAAGGAGGAGAGGAUGAAGAAGAGGACCAAAUCACGGAGCAGGGAACGGAGCAGGGAACAUAGAAGGUCCAGCUCUCGCGACCGUAGGAGACGCCGUUCGCGUUCCUCGUCUCGGGAGAAGCGGCGUUCCUCCCGCUCGCGCUCCAGGGACCGUGAGAGGAGGCGACGCCACCGCAGCCGAUCCCGCAGCAAGGGUGCCCGCCACAGCCACGAGCCCAGCUCCCGACACAAGUCGUCCAGGGAUCGCGAUCGCUCCUCCAGAGAACGUUCACGGGAGCGAAGCAAGAAGAGGGGAUCCUCGGAGCGGCGGCAGGACAGCAGGGAUCAGAACGGGAGAACAGAAUCCCGCCGGGCGGAGGUCAGGGAUAGAGACCUUUGAGGACUCUAUCUCUCUCUCGCUCUCUCUCUCUCUCUCUCUCUCUCUCUCUCUCUCUCGCUGUCUCCAUCCUCAACACACAACCUCCUUUUGUCUGUCUCUCUUUCAUAUCUGUCCAUUACAUCUAUUUGAACUCUCUCCUUGUAUGAAUUCUCCCUCUGUUCCCUUAUCAAAAUGAUCCAGAGAUGUUUUGCUUUGACCGAUAUUCCAGCCAAUCCACUGUCCCAAAUACAUAGCGCUUAUAUGACCACAGAAGUAUAUACAGGUAACUGCCAAAAUAAUGGAAACACUUCAGUAAAACAAAGUAUACUGAAAGCAGGUGCCUCCACACGUGUGGUUCAUGAGUUAAUUAAGAAAUGAACAUCCCAUCAUAAUUAGGGUCAUGUAUAAAAAUGCUGGGCCGGCCUUUAUUUUGGCUACCAUGGCUAUACCCCUAUAGGAUGACAAUGCACCCAUCCACAGGGCAUGAGUGGUCACUGAAUGGUUUGAUGAGCAUGAAAAUGAUGUAAACCAUAUACCAUGUCUCCAGUUCUCAACCCAGUUGAACACUUAUGGGAGAUUCUGGAGCGGUGCCCGAGAUUGCGUGUUCCACCACUGUCAAUAAAACACCAAAUUAUGGAAUUUCUGGUGUCUCAUCCUUCCAAUAGCGUUAAAGCCACUUGUAGAAUCUAUGCCGGCUCAUGCUCAACGCCCUACUAAAACGCGUGAUUUUGGUGUUUCCUUUAUUUUGUCACCUGUAUAUUGUACAUGCAUAUAUAUUUUAGUUUCAAGCGUUGCAAUAUAUCCUGGGAUAAAGUUGUGGGGGGUUGUUGAACAUUGGGCGUGGGAGUACAUCAAGUCCUGACUGUAUGUUAGAUGUGAUGGCUGUUGAUGACAUACAUAUGAUUCUAUAUUCUAUACAACUGUCCUGAAUAUUAAAUUCCUGGGGGAAUCAGUAGCUGAAACUAGAGAAAGGAUAAAUGAAUGACCGUUGGCCAUAAACUUAAAGAAUAGAGCAUUUCCAUAUUGCCGUGUUUUAUGAUACUGUUAUUUUUAAACUGUCAGAAUUGCUAUGUGUGAUUGAGAUACUUUGCAUAAAUAUACCUCCAGCAUACUGUCCUGGGUGGUGUUCAUUAGGCACCAAAUGGAAGAUACUGGACUGAAACGGGGGGGGGUCACCUGGACUUGUCCAAAAAGAAACCUACAUUUUUGUUUUCCCUGUAAAAACGUUGCUAAAUGUUUUCAGUUAUUGCCCUAAUAAACACGACCCAGCAUACUGUCUUGGAUUGGCUUUUCCGUGCAAGGCUUUCUUCCCUUCCUAGAGGCUAUUUCACAAUGCUGGUUGCAUCAAUUUGCCAUUUGAUGUUGCACUAAAUAUUUAACAUACCAGUAAUUAUAGAAUCUCUUCUGCAUAUAUCUGGCCUAAGAUUGAUAAACUAAGCCAUAUUGUUCUUGUUUGACUGGAUCAGGACAUUUGGAAAUCUAAGGGAAUUUGGUCAGUUGUGAACAUCAGCAAGCUCAUUUCUGUCAGCUUGUGAAAUACCCUCUGCUUCUAUAUCUGUGGUUUAUACUAACUGAGGAUGUUUAUCGCUGGAGAGAUUGUAGCAGUUCAAUUUAAUGUCAUAACUAAUACGGACAAGGUUUUCUUAAGUUUUAGAAUUUAUUGCCCUUUGUGUUCACAAACAGUUGCUAGUUUUUUUUUUUUUCUCUCCAUAGAGUUUUACAAGUUUUCAUGUUAUGAAUACAAAUAUUAACCCUUAUUAUCAUAGUCUUGGCAUGCGAGCGGUGAAGUCUGCGUAUGUGUGUAGACAUGAUGGACUUUGCAUGCUUCAGUUUUGAGUAAUGCUGUUUUGGAUUGAGAAUUACUGUUCCAGGCUUCUUACUGUAUGUGACCCUAGAAGUUGCCUACGUUACCGCGGUAGUCCGCUGCGUGGCCCUGGUAGUCCGCUACGUGGCCCUGGUAGUCUGCUGCGUGGCCCUGGUAGUCUGUUGCUUGGCCCUGGUAGUCUGUUGCUUGGCCCUGGUAGUCUGCUACGUGGCCCUGGUAGUCUGUUGCUUGGCCCUGGUAGUCUGCUACGUGGCCCUGGUAGUCUGCUACGUGGCCCUGGUAGUCUGCUACGUGGCCCUGGUAGUCUGCUACGUGGCCCUGGUAGUCUGCUACGUGGCCCUGGUAGUCUGCUGCGUGGCCCUGGUAGUCUGCUGCGUGGCCCUGGUAGUUCGCUACAUUGCUGCGUGGCCCUGGUAGUCCGCUACAUUACUGCGUGGCCCUGGUAGUCCGCUGUGUGGCCCUGGUAGUUCGCUACAUUGCUGCGUGGCCCUGGUAGUUCGCUACAUUGCUGCGUGGCCCUGGUAGUCUGCUGCGUGACCCUGGUAGUCUGCUGCGUGGCCCUGGUAGUCUGCUGCGUGGCCCUGGUAGUCUGCUACGUUACCCUGUUUUUGGCCUAUGACACUUGGUGCUGGGAACAAUAUCUUAAGCACAGCACCUGCUUAUGUCCAUUUCACUUUCCAAUAUGUUGAUGCUGAUUCAGCAGUUUGUAAAUGUUCUUUCUUUUUUGUUCAUGUAUGUCAGUCACUUGGAGUUAGAUGCACACAUAUAUAAAUGAAUGCAUUGCUUUUCCUAAUGUGUGCCGUCUGUAGACUUUGUCAGGUCUGUUUGUAUUACUUACUGGAAGAUGAUUUUUGUCUUGAAGCCUGAAUAAAAAUCAAUUUUUUUAAAAAUUG